AUGGAAUUUAAGACAUUUAACCCGAGAAUAUCACUAUUAACAAUUAAAGCAUACUGGUUUAAUCUCACAAUUAUUAGUGUUCAUGCCCCUACUGAGGAAAAGACUCAAGAAGAAAAAGACGACUUCUAUGAUGGAUUAACGAACGUAGUAGAUGGGAUACCUAAUAACAGAAUAGUGGUUAUAUUAGGAGACCUUAAUGCAAAAGUAGGAAAAGAAUUAAUAUUUAAACCAACCAUUGGCCACCAUAGCUUGCACGAAGUAUCUAACAAUAACGGCCUCAACCUAAUCGACUUUGCAACGAGCAAAGGCUUAGUGAUCAAGAGCACAAUGUUUCCCCAUAAAAAGAUCAAUAAGGGAACACGGAAGUCACCAGAUGGUAAUCACACAAAUCAAAUUGACCAUGUACUAGUCAAUGACAGGUUCAAAAACAGUAUUACGGAUGUCAAAACGAUGCGAGGAGCGGACUGUGACUCUGACCACUAUUUGGUUAAGGUAAAAAUUAAAGCAAGACUGAAGAGAAAGGUGGCAACAAGGCCAACGGUAAUAGACAGAUAUGAUAUUACUAAGUUCACAGAUGAAAUUCUCUGUAAACGUUUUAAAAGUGAGAUACACAAACGCAGCAGGGAAUUAAAUAUAGAUAGUAUAGACUCAAUAAAUAAUAUGUGGAGGAGGGUACAGGAGACAAUAAAAGAAACAUCAGCUGAAGUCCUGGGAAAACCAAAAAACACUAAAAAACCAUGGUUCAAUGAGAGGUGUGAGAAAGCCCUAAAUCAAAGGAAAAAAUUUAGAAACUUGUACCUUAAUGACCCUUCCCACGAAGAAAACAAAAUAAAGUAUAAUGAAAGCAGAAGAGAAGCAAGCCGAACCUUUAAGUACGAAAAAAGAGUCUAUACGAAAAACAUCUUGGAAGAAGCAGAAAAAUAUCACAAUGAACAUAAUACACGCCAAUUAUACAAAAAAAUUAAUACACUAAAGGGAGGUUACAAAAAAUAUGAAAAGUUCUUAGUAAAGGAAGAUGGAACACUAAUUACUGCACGAUCAGAUAUUGUAGAGAGGUGGAAAACGUAUCUCGAACAUCUGCUUAACUGCAACGACCCCAGAGAAACCUUUACUUGGACCAGGACAGAACCCAACCUAAACGAAUGUACAAUACCGUCAAAACAAGAAAUUGAAUUACAAAUAAGGCGAUUGAAGAACUAUAAAUCACCUGGUGAGGAUGGUAUACAAGGGGAAAUUAUGAAAAUGCUAGACGAGGAUUCAUUAACACAUAUACAUAGGUUACUAACCAACAUUUGGGAGCGGGAAGUACUACCAGAAGGUUGGAAUGUCGCUGUCGUAUGUCCAAUCCAUAAAAAAGGUGACCCACAAAUAUGUAAUAACUACAGAGGAAUUGCCUUAUUGAAUGUGGUCUACAAGAUAUUGUCCUAUUGCAUUUUAGAUAGGAUUAAACCUUGCGUAAGAGAUACUGGGGGAUUACCAAGGUGGUUUUAG